GGGACUAGCGUCCGGAUGCUCAAGGGGCGCGAAGUUCGGGGGAAGAUCGGGAGGCGUCAGGAACCCGUCAUCUGCAGUGUCCCCGAGUGGGGGCCAAGGCCCAGCUGGAGUCCGGCCACCCCCCACACCAUGAAUGCGGCCGGGCGGGGAGACACCGGCCUGGGCGAGGAGCCCGCGUCCCUGCGGCAGCAGAAGCUGGAGCUGCAGCGCCGCAUCUUUGAGAAGAAGCAGCGUCGGAAGCGCCAGGAGCCGCUCAUGGUCAAGGCCAACCCCGACGCCAAGGUGACGGGCCGCCGGGGCCGCCGGCCCGAGGAGCGCACCCCCCUGAUGGAGUCCUGCAGUGAGCACAGCCUCUGCAACGGAACCAGCAACCCCUUCCUGGUGGAGUCGGUCCCAGAGGCCCAUCGCCCCACUGACGCCUGGGGCAGCUCCGUGCACCUGGACAGGGGCCCCCGAGCCGGGGGAGAGGCCGCAGGUGCCUCCGACGCGGAGCUGGAAGAGGCCGUCCUGGAGGACACGCGGCCCGUCAACAAGGCCACGGCGGCGCCCAGCUCCACGCGCAAGGGCUGGCCGGCCCGGCGGAGCGGGGCUGGCCACGCCGACGUCCGACGCCCCCGGAGCUCGAAGCCAAAGGCCCUGUCGCCCGCACGAGGGGAGCGAGUCCCCUCUGUCAUCGUGGAGUUCAGAGACCCUCAGGAAAGCAGCGAUGGGGACGCCCCCCCGGAGGCCGGCGCUGCAGGCUGGGAGUCAGCCCAGGAGGGAGACUCGGAGGGGGAGUCCCAGGACCCCCCCACGCCCCCCUCCCCCAUCAGGAGAAGACAGGACAGGAAGCUCCCCAGCAGAGGAUCUCUUGGCAGCCCCCCUGGGAGCGACGAGGAGGAGGAAGGAGACCUCAACAUCCUCUGCAGAUCCCUGGAGCCCGCGCCGGAGGCCGACACCCCCAGCCUGCCGGAGGAGGUGCCAGGGACCCCGCAGCCCCCGAGGCCGGAGGAGCUGCAGGGGUUCGUGCUGCGCCCGGCAGCCCCCGGAGUGACCGUCCGGUGCCGCAUCAGCCGGGACCGCAAGGGGGUGGACAAGGGCGUCUUCCCCUUCUACUACCUCCACCUGGAGAGAGACGACGGGAGGAAGCUGUUUCUCAUGUCUGGCCGGAAGAGAAAGAAAAGCAAAACCUCCAAUUACCUCAUUUCCCUCGACCCCAUCGACCUGUCCCGGGACGGGGACGGCUUCAUCGGGAAGGUCAGGUCCAACGUGCUGGGCACCAGGUUCACGGUGUUCGAUAACGGGACGAAUCCGGAUAAAAAACCCUUCGUCCCCGAAACGGCUCCGAUCCGGCAGGAGCUGGCGGCCAUUUGCUACGAGACCAAUGUGUUGGGGUUCAGGGGACCCCGGAAAAUGACUGUGAUUAUCCCCGGCAUGAACACGGAGAACGAGAGAAUCAGCAUCCGCCCGAAAAACGAACACGAGACUCUGCUGACCCGGUUCCAGAACCGGAACCUCCAGAACCUGCUGGUUCUGCAGAACAAGGUGCCGGCCUGGAACGAGGAGACCCAGUCGUAUGUGCUCAACUUCCACGGGCGCGUCACCCAGGCCUCCGUCAAGAACUUCCAGAUCGUCCCCGACCAUGACUCCGAGUACAUCGUGCUGCAGUUUGGCCGGGUGGCGCCCGACGUCUUCACCAUGGACUAUCGCGCCCCCCUCUGCGCCCUGCAGGCCUUCGCCAUCUGCCUGUCCAGCUUCGACGGGAAACUCGCCUGCGAGUAGCCUCCGCCACCUCCGACCCCGCGACCUCAGUCAUGACCUCUGACCCCGUGACCCCGACCCCUGUGACUUCAGGCAUGACCCCAUGACCUCUGACCCCACCACCUUGGAAUGACACCACGACCUCUGACCCCCCCACAACUUCAGGCAUGACUCCUACGCUCCUGGACAUGACCCUGUGACCUCCAAUCCCCAUGCCCUUGGAAUGACCCCACAACCUCUGACCCCACAACCUUGGAAUGACCCUGCGACCUGCAACCCUCUGCCAUGAUCACAGGAACUCCGACCUUGCGACCUCUGACCUACUCUGAGUGGCUGGUUCCUCUCUGACCCACCCCUUCCCCUGUUGAUGGGUUCUUGUCACCCUUGACCUCUGAUUCCUUGACUUUACCCUUUGACCUCUCACUACUCUGACCUCUGGCAUUUUUAAUGUCAUUCUUGACCUUUGACCUCCCCAUCUUGGCCUCUCGCCUCUUUGGGCCUAGCUCAUCCUUGACCUACGACCCCUGACUUUCCUUGUGGCCCUCUGGUCCUUUGAUGUCAUCCUUGGCCUGUGGUCCAUUUGACCCUUGACCUAUGAUCCUUCCUUUUCGUCCUUGACCUCUGACCUUUCCCCUCUGGCCCUGAACCAUUUCUCCUCUUUCAAAGACGUUGCCAUGACAGCACCUGCAGCCGCCAUCUUGAUUGAUUCAGAGUCCCCUGCCCCCAAAGAAGCGGGGGGGUCAGGGCUGUUCUGGGGGACCCCCCCAAUCCACGGACUGUAAAUUUCCCCUCACCCCCGAGAGUGUAACAGAUUCUUGAUCCAAAUAAAAUCUACCCAGAAG